AUGGACGGCUCUACACGAAAUGGGCCUGGCGGGGUCAACGGCAGUGAUAGAAGUGGUAUGAGCAGAGCAGAAAGAUUUGAGGAUGAGAAGAGACGAAUUAUCGACAGCUGUUUUGGGAAGAAGGAUCCGGAUGGUUCUUUAUUAGAAUCAUACAUCACACACAUUAGGAUCAUUGAGGAUGCUGCAUAUCCAUCUUCUCCGCCUCCCCUAAACGCCAAUACGGACGUCAAAAAACCUCGUCUUAUAAUUGUCGCUGUGCGCAAAUCUGGACGGGUCCGUAUGCAUAAGGCUAGGGAAAAUGCGAAUGGGAGCUUUUCAAUAGGCAAAACUUGGAUGCUCGAUGAUCUAUCUGCGGUAGAGUCUUUUAACGGAGCAGUUCCUGCGAGUUCGGAGGAAGAACAGCGCAAGCUAUGGGCUGGUGGCAUGGGAUUUAUUGUAACGAUUGGAAAGCCCUAUUAUUGGCAGGCCAAUACCCAGAAAGAAAAGCAAUUCUUUAUCGCAAGUUUGGUCAAGAUUUAUACAAAAUAUACCGGUGGAAGAGCCCCGGAACUGAUUGGGUUUGAUUCCAAAGAAAGAGAACAAUUAUCUGGCAUUUCUACUUCUGCACGACCACAACAACCACCCUCUCAGGAAUCUCGGCGACCCCCGCAACCUCAACAAGUACCAUCUUCUGCAUCUUCUCCAUUUGAACAGAACCAAAGUCGACCUGUCAAGCGAGAGCCGUCCCGAGAACCCGUGCUGCGCAACCAACCUAGUCGAGAUGCUGUACAACGCCCACCAGGCCAAAUGCCGCCCAAUUCUAGUCCAGCCUUUCCACCGCAGAAUUCACGACCUCCUAUGCGGCCACAGCGUGAUGUGUCGCCAAACCCAACCGCUAAGCUAGCAGUUGUUACACCUCAGCAGAGUCAAGCAAGUCUGCGUAGAUUGGAGGGGGCUAAUCCGAGCCAGGAAUCUUUUGCGCGUAGUGACGAUAGCGGGAGCUUACCACCACGCUCGCGCAGUGGCGCCAACGGCUUGUCUAACGCACCGGGCCGCUUUCCUGACCGGAGCAUCACACCCAAUUCCCAACGCGGCCCUCCUGAAUCCGGCUUUCCAAGUCCGAAACGAGACAGGUCAGCGGACGCGCCGCCAAUGCCUGCUCCCCUCACGAUUCCACCGGAAAGACGUCGGCCUCCAAUGCCAAACAUUGGAGAUGCCUCUCGCUUACGUGGAGCGGAUCCAGAUAACAUUGUGCCGGCACCAUUAGCUAGUCCCGGUAUGCGCAGGGAUGAUAUGCGACCUCCUACUCGUAGCAGUGAACGAUCAAUACCUCGCGAGCGGGAGGCAAACGGGGAUGGCAGCAUUGACGCCAAACUAACAGAACCAGCAUCACUGGGGUCACCCCGCGAUAAUUUGGGGGAUAUCAGUACGAAUGAACCACCGUUAGUUCCUACACCUGUGCCAGCUGUUACUUCUCCUGUCUCCCCAAUUGUUUCACCCACUACCCCCAUUUCGCCACCGACAGAGGAGGAGAACGAAGAUGAGGAAAUGCGCCCAGGCCUUGGGCCCAUGAUUAAACAGAAAUCAAAAGGCGAUAUUGCUAGUACUUUCCUCAGGGCUGCGAAAAAUGCGAAUGGUUUCAAGCCUCGUGCUGGUGGUGCAGCUGAACGUCUCAGAGAAGCAGCACUGGCAGCAAAAUCUCCAAACGGUCCUGAUGGCAUCACCGGCGUGGUCCCAGCCCCUUCCUUACUUCGGGCAUCAAGUAAUGAUAGUGCAACUACAUUCAAUGCUCCACCCGCUUUUGUACCCGCUGCUAUACCCGUCGCUACACCCGAACUCCCUUCUCCCCCAAUUGAAACUCCUCCGGAAAAGUCGGCGGCACGCAAAGCAAAUCCUGAAGUCAUUCCGGAAGUUAAAAUCACAGUCCCUGACAAGGAUAUACCGAGUGUUGAAAUCCCUUCAAAGUUAUCAGAUGCAGGAUCAUUAGACAAGCCACAGACUCGAGAGCCUAGGCGGCAGAAAUCUGCUUCAGAGGCAAUGCAAAAAGAGCUUGCAUCAUUGGGUAUCGAUCCCAAUUUUUUGGAUGGUCGAGGCUCUGAUCUUGUCAAUGCUUGGGAUGAAUUUGGGUGGGUAGGAGAAGGUGUGCACACGAAAGUUAUCGAUACUUUGAAGGAUGAUGUUGAGCGAGAGCUCAAUAAAGUUCAAGCUGGAGGCUGGCUAAACCGAUUAGAGGAAGAGGAUGAACGGGUUGAAGCGAUCAAAAAAGGGCUGGAUACAUGUAUGGAUGAAUGUGACGAACUUGAUGGUUUGCUCACACUGUAUCUUGUGGAGCUUGGAACACUCAACGAGGACAUUGCCUACAUUGAAGCCCAGUCACAAGGUCUCCAAGUUCAAACAGCCAAUCAGAAGCUGCUACAAGUUGAACUUCAAUCUCUCUUGGACACAAUAUCGAUUUCCUCGUCACAGCUUGAAUGCCUCAAGACAGCAUCAUUAGAACAUCCUCAUGAUCUCGAGCAGGUUGAACAGUCCUUGGUCGUAUUGUUCAAGGCUAUGGUCACCAUCGAUCCGUCAUUAAGUAUUUCUGGCCCUAGACCUAGUGAAGAUGGUAGUGUCCGUUCUGGAAAAACAGGAGGUUUCGGCAACAGCGAAAUUGGAAGCAUGCGAGUCUUACAAGAGAAGAAAGACGUCUACCGAGUUACGAGCGUUGAGUUCCUUCAACGUUUGUAUUCUUUCUUGCAAAUGAAAUUUCGCGCUGCCAUUGACGAGACAAGGAAAGCAUUGGACCGAGAAAAGGGUGGUAAUAUCACCAGAUCAGCCGGGAAAGGCAAACUUGAUCCACGCCAUCAUGAUCUCUCUCGAAACAUACUAUGGAGAUAUAGUCCACUAAUGUUAUUUUCCAGAGAAGUCGCUCGUGUGGAAUGGGAGAAGUUUUUGGUUGAUUACGAACUUGCAUGCAAACCCUUAUAUCAAGACGAAUUCAGGGAUGCGGUCUUCGCCUGGAAGCGGAUUGCUAAGAAACCGCAUGGGGACGAAUUUGACAUCUUGUUCACUUCACAAGCUGAGAAGCCGACCGAAGGCCUCGCAACUACGACUGCUAGAAAACUGACUGUGAAGAGAAGCCAAACAUUAGCAAAGAUACGAUCUCCUAUUGGCGAUGCCGGCAACAAGCCUAAUGUAGACAAGGCAGACGGUCGACUCCCUCCACACGAAGUAUUCACCGGAGCUCUUGAUGAAAUGGUUCUUAUUAUGAGCAUGGAGCAAAACUUCAUUGUCGAGUUUUUCCACGUUACUUCGCUAGAGCAACAUGAUUUCGCAGAUUCUGUCGCCGCCGCCCCACCAGACUUACGACGAGGCGGCGACUUGAGAAGGCCGAAAGUCAUGGACCCCAAUCGGAGCUUGGCAAAACGAGUCGUUCAAACCAUGGGAGAAAUCUACGCUUUCUGGGCUGGCGAUAUGGAAGCACUCGUAGACUGGUCCCUCCAAUCCGAUCCAUUGCAAGGUGUCGGUAUACUCGCUUCAAUUGAGCGUAAGCUUGUUGACCUCGAGGAAUCAAGCCAGGAAUACCUUGCGCGUACUCUUCAAAAGUUACAUGCUCGUUUACUUGGUCUAUUUAACAAAUUCCUUGAUGAGCAAAUUCGAGCUAUUGAAGACACUAAAGUCAAAAUCAAGAAGCGCAAAGGUGUUAUUGGCUUCAUAAGGAUAUUUCCUUCAUUUUCCUUGGCGAUAGAGACAAUGCUUAUGUCUGCUGAGGGUCUCGAGGUUCGACAAAUCGUAAACAAUGCAUACUCGCGAUUGAACAAAACCAUGUUUGAAUCUCUUAAGGUUAUCGCAAGAGAGAACCCAAGUGCUCAAACUGCAGGUGCAGAUCCAGAAGACAAAGAGGCUCUCAAUUACCAGAUCCUGCUCAUCGAAAAUAUGAACCAUUACCUGGAAGAAGUGGAUGUCCGCUCCAAUCCGAUUCUCGAAGAAUGGAGAGAGAAUGCUAGCCAAGAAAUGAAUGAACAUAUGACCUUGUAUCUUGGCGCCGUGAUUCGGAGACCUCUAGGAAAACUUCUUGACUUUUUAGAAAGUACAGAGAGUCUUAUGCUUUCAAGACAACCUGGUGAAUCGGCUUCGAGGAUCUCGUCGAUGCCGAGUCACUCUAAAUCUACGUUCAAGAAAAUCCUUGCUGGAUACGAUGCGAAGGAAAUUAGGAAGGGCGUUGAAACUCUUAAGAAGCGAGUCGAAAAGCAUUUCGGCGAUGCAGAUGAUCCAGGGCUCAGUCGCGAGCUUGUCAUUAAAGUACACCAACAAUGCGAGAGAUUUUACGAAAAGGUCGACGAUAGGAUUUUGACAAUCAGCAGAGAUGUGUAUGAUGGAGAGGUUAUUGCUGAAUGGACAAGAGCCGAUAUUUCUACGGCCUUUAGAAAGUAG